ACUGCACUCCUGUCCUCACCCCUCAGCAGCAGGUGCGCGUUUCAGGCGCUUCAGCCAAACUUCUCAGACUUCAAACAUGGCCGAGGAGAAUAUAUAUGAGAAGAUAGAUGAAGGUAACUUGUAUGAAAAGCCUUUUGACGAGCCGGAUGUCUCUGUUAAGGAAGAACUAAAGUAUGAGAACCAAAGUGCGGUUUCCUACGAUACACCAGAGACAGAUGCGCUUUACUGCGAGAUUGAUGUGCAGAGCAAAGCAGGGAGAAGUUUGUCUCCAGAUUACAUGAACACUAAUGAAUCGACAGCGGAGGCAGAGGAAAACUCGAGUGAAGUCCAGAAUGGCGUAGGUUUGUAUGAGGUUCCAGCAGGGGAGAAUGGAGAAGAAGGGUCAUCCAGACACUCGUCCAUGUUGUCCUCUGACCACUUCGGAGAGCCAUGUGAUGAAGAGCAGCUACAGGAAGCCAUGUAUGAAGACAACGCCGAGGAUGGGAUGAUGAUGGCCUUCUCACUACCCAAGGGCAGAGGCGCAGAACCAGACGAAGAAGUGGUGGACUACAGUCUCAAACCAGUGCAAAACAGCACUGUUGAAGAAGAGGAGAAACCUGUAGAUCCCAGUCUGCCUGAAAUUGCACUCUUUGUCAAGGCCGGGAGCGAUGGGGAGAGCAUCGGGAAUUGUCCAUUUUCCCAACGCCUCUUCAUGAUCCUGUGGCUCAAAGGAGUUGUCUUCAACGUCACCACUGUGGACCUGAAGAGGAAACCAGCUGACUUGCAUAAUCUGGCUCCAGGCACACACCCUCCUUUUCUCACGUACAAUGGUGAGGUCAAGACAGACAUCAACAAAAUUGAGGAGUUUUUAGAAGAAGUGCUAGCACCACCAAAAUACCCCAAGCUGGCAGCCAAGCACAGGGAGUCCAACACAGCAGGGAUUGACAUAUUUGCAAAGUUCUCAGCUUACAUCAAAAACUCACGGCCAGAAGCCAAUGGAGGGCUGGAGAAAAACGUGACAAAGGCCCUACAGAAGCUGGAUGACUACCUGAACAGCGCUCUGCCUGAGGAGAUAGACGCAGACAGCAUGGAGGAAGAGAAAAGCUCUAACCGCAAGUUCCUGGAUGGCAACGAACUCACCCUGGCAGAUUGCAACCUCCUGCCAAAACUGCACAUAGUCAAGGUUGUUGCCAAGAAGUAUCGUAACUAUGAGAUUCCUACUAAUUUGACAGGAGUCUGGCGCUACCUGAACAGCGCCUAUGAUCGAGAUGAGUUCAUCAACACCUGUCCUGCAGAAAAAGAGAUCGAACUGGCCUACCUGGAUGUAGCCAAAAGGCUGGUCAAAUAAACCAUAAACUAUCAGAGCAAUUAGGCUUUAUAGGUGCCGUCAGAAAUAGACUGCAGUGGUUUUAUAGAAUUUAGUUUUGUAUCAUUGAAAACAGAUCUUGCAAUGAAACCACUCUGGUUAGCCAGAAUUCUGUUCUGCAACACAAAAUAAAGAAAUAUGAUGACUCACUGCAGGGCAGGGAAGUCUCAUUCCCAUGUAGUGAUUGUGUUUAAACUAUCUGUCAAGGCUAGAUUAAUAGUUUUCCACAACUUUGCUUUUUUUUUCAGCUAUUUUGCUGCAUUUCUAUUAUUUACAUCAGUAGAUUAUUUUUAUUUAAAGACGAUAUUAUCUGUCAGUGACAUGCAUAUACAUUAAAGAUGACAGCUAAAAAUAGAAAGGAUCUAUUAAUUAGUAGAUUCCAGUUUCUAAUUUGAAGAUGAUUUUCAGGACUCAAGGUUGUCUUAACAUAAAAAAAAUAUAUAUUUGAUAGAAAUACUCAAGCUGCUUCUAAAUGAUUAUUUAGAAAAAGAACAAAUGUGCAGUGGGACAAGGUAAAAGUAGAACAAAAUGUUUAAUGCACGAUCGGAAAAUCACAUUUACAUUUUUUCUCUAAAAACUCUAAAAAUAAUAAUUACAAUAAUUACAACUCUAUAUCAGUUAUGCCUCUAAAUCAAUUCAUUAACAUAUUAAUAUACAUUGCCAGCUCAAAUAUCAAAGACCUAUUUAAUUUAAAGUAUAGGUUUUAUUUUGAUCCAAAAGACCCUCUCGUUUUCCUAUAAGCUCCUUGGUGAAGUGCAUUUUAUUGUGUUAAUAUUUUACUUAUCUUUUUGUCAGCUGAUAUAUGUUUCCAAAAGAUUUAGUCUUGAACUUAAUUAUAUCUGAUUAUUUUGUAAUUUGCAUUUUGAGUUGUGUGGCAAAGAAGAUUCAUGACAUCCCGUAAUGCUGUUAAAUCAAGUAAAGCAAUGCAGUCAGGCUUUUCUCCAGCUCUCCUCCACUCUCAGCUCUGCUGAAAUAGCACACAGCUCCACAGACUUGAUAGGUCCUCAUGGAGCUCGCUGUUCUUGUGUGGCUUGGACAAACAUUUGAUAUGAAAGGGGAGUUUGGCGCCAGAGAGGCCUAUCCUGCAUGAACCUCUAUGAAUAAAAUAAUAUUUUUACAGUUCAA